AGUCAGAUGUCAACAACAGUUGUCACUGCAGUAUUUGGGCAGCUUUGAUAAUUCGGUAUUAUAAGGAGCACAUUCAUAUUCAGCCUUUCCUGAACAAUAUAUACUACCCUUUGACACCUCUUGCCUCCAGCCCGCGCUCCCUGAAGAUGCCAGGAUACAUAACGUCCCCGGCUCAAUACCCACCUUUUCCCUUUGUGUCACUGUCAGCUAAAGGCAGCCUUAUUCAGACCUUCAGGUUCCAGUCACGCAGAGACGGCAUCGACUGGAGGCGUAUCAGCGCCAUCGAUGUGGAGAAGGUAGCCCGAGAGUUGGAUAUAUCUACAUUACAAGAGAACAUCAAUUCCAUCACCUUCUGCAAUCUGGAUAAUGAAAGAUGCCCAUAUUGCCAGAAUCCAGUAGACCCGGUGUUGCUGAAAGUCCUCAAACUGGCCCAGUUGACCAUUGAAUAUCUACUGCAAUGCCAAGAAUGCCUGAGCAGCACUGUAGCGCAAUUAGAGGAGCGGGUACAGGAGGCAGCAAACGAACAUCAGGUGACAAAGGAUGAGCUAGUCAAGCUGAAUGACGAGUUGAAGAAAGUGAAGGAUGAGAAUAAGAGGAGGAAGAAGUUAAUCGGCACUCAGCAGAUGUUACUCCAAGCUGGAGCUAACAGUUAUCAUAAGUGUCAGUUAUGUGACAAGACCUUCAUGAACUACUCCUUCCUGCAGGGACAUCUCCAGCGCAGACACCCAGAAGUCACUGAGUUUGAGAGGCAGAAAAAGAAGCAAGUGGAACAUAUGGAAGAUGGCAUUGAGGAGCUUAAAGACAAAUUGCAGAAGACUCAGUCUCAGCUAGAGGCAGAAAGGGAGAGGGAACAUCAGCGAAGGAUGCAGGAGCUGGAAGAAAUUCGCCAAAGGGAGGAAAACAUCAAGAGAGAGUUUGAGAGGUGGAAGGAAGAUGAGAGAAGCAAGCUGCAGAAUGAGAUGGAUAAACUCAGACAACAGCUCUUCUCUCAGAUCGAAGACAUUACCCUUAAAAAUACAGCUGUAAGUAGAAAAUUUCAAGAAAUGGAGUCUAAAAAAUCCACAUCCUCCAAUCUUGGUGAGCUCUUCGAUGAAGAAGACAGACAGGAACGUCUGAAGCUGCAGAAAGAAAUAUGGAACAUGAAGGAGGAAAUAGAGAGACAGAGCUUGGAAUGGAAAAAUAAGAUGAAGGAAAUAAAGAAAGAACACAAAGCAGACAAAUUGGAGCUUCUAAAUGAAAACAACAGACUGAGAGCAUCUUUAUCUAAUGAUCAGCGGGCCAGAGAUGAAGAGUUUGAGUCAACUAUGCAGACAAUGAAAUCUACAAUACAAAGCCAGAAGAAGGUCAUGAAGUCCCAGGAGCAGAAAAUAAGGGAACUGGCUGCAAAGAAAGAAAUCAAAGAUGUCAAGGAAGUGCCACAAGUACCUCAUGUGGUUUUGCCUGUUGGAAAUGCAAAGGAUGAUUCCAGUGAAGACGAGCUGGAUGUAACUUCAGACCAAACUAUGAAAAAGAUUGAGGCGCUAAGAAGAGACCCUGACUUUAUCAGACAGUUCCGUCCCAUUCUGGAGGAGACAUUAAUUGAGAAGCUUGAAAGCAUGGGUGUGAGAAAGGGUGCAAAAGGAAUUCCAUUAUCUACCUACAAAGACCUGAAGGCUCUUCUCAUGAAGCAGCAGCAGCAGAAAAUGAAGAAGCUUCCAGACUUGGAGACUCUGAAGGCCAAGCUGGGCAAAGUGCUCACCAAACGAGUGAAGCAGCAAAGAAAGAGUGAGGAGGCAUUACAGUCCACCAACUCACAGCUAUCAUUACAAAGUCCAAGAAGCCCACGCAGCAUCCCACCUUCAGAACCAAUACCUCGGGUCAAGAGUGUGCAGAUUAUGGAGUCAUAUUCAGCAACCAAAGCUCCAGUGCCCUCACCUCGCACUAAGGGCUUAGCAAGUCAGAAUGCAGCUGGAGCUAUGAAUGUUACACCACAGCCACUGCCAAGGACACCGCCAUUUACCUCUGAAGAAGAGACAUCUAUGCUUGACCAUUCUCCUUACAGCUCUCCAGCACGUAAAGGCAACCCAGGAUCUCAGGCUUUCUCUUCUAUGCAGAAGCAAAUACAGGAAGACAGUGAUGACGACUGGUCUGAUUCAGAGAUUUCGCCCGGGAAGCCCAGCCCCAGGGUUGUUAGCUUUUCCAAAGACAGUAACCAAGGUUCCUUGGUGCAUUCCAUGGCACGCAGCUUAGAGAAGCAGCUUUCAAAGCAGAGGGAGAAACCAUUCGGAGGAGUCGAAACUGUCCCCUCUAACAUAAUGAAAUCCCCAAACACUACAGCAGCAGGGAAAUCACAGUCAUGGGAUGACAGUAACUCUGAAUUCUCCUCCUUGGAAGAAAUCACAGACAACCUUGACCUCAGCCCGAGAAAGCCUCAGCCUGCUGUACGUCAAAGUGCGGAUUCCACUGGCUCUCAUGGGACCAGCGUCUGGAGCUCUGCCAGUGGAAGGGGCUGGUAGAAGAACCUGUCAUUCUCACAA